CCUAAGCCGCCAUUUCGCACAAUGCAAAUGACAUAAAAGCAGAUUCCAAAUUCAAUGGGGAUGGCUGGAAAAUCACCUGGCGCAUACGUCUCAACAAGUGACGCAUAGUCAUCCUGUAUAAAAAGCGGGUAUGCGUGUAUUAUAUAGCUUCAAACUGAAUGUAAGCCUGUGACUGUUGACAGAGUAUUCCCCACCAUGUUAUGCUGGAUGAUAAUCACCUUAUUAUGGACAAGUUUUGGUGGAAGUCGAGCCCUGAAAUGUUACACGUGCAGCUCGGAUGCAGUGAGCAACUGUGGAGAUCCGUUCUACACGGAGACAAUUGAUAUGCCAACAUGUCACAAUGACUUGGAUCAGGGGAUUUGUACGAAAACAAAGACUUCAGAGGGCGUCGUGAGUCGAGGCUGCGGGUUAAAAUCGUACUGCAAAGACUCAGUGACCGGCGGAGAAAACACCUGCAAAGAGACCUUGGGAACAACAAGGUGUUGUUGCUAUGGUGAUGGGUGCAACAGCGCCCCCUCAAGGGGUGUAGACUACCCGUUCCUUGCUGUCGUGACAUUAUUGGGAAUGGUUCCGUACGUAUUUCCAUAAGUAUUUCCCACUCACGAAGCCUUAUAUUAAAAACAAAAAUUCAGCUGCGCCGUAUUAUGUCGAGGCCAUUAUAACUGUCAAAUCAAUGCUUCAAUAUUUGUGGGUACUUGAUGUUGACCACCAUAAUUGGCAAAGCUAAUGUCACCAACGACCAAAAGGAAAACUUUCUUUUGUAUUCGCUGUUUUGCUCAUUACAUUUGUUGAUUUCCCAUGAAUAUUAUAAGAAAAGGUUACACAUAAAGGCCAUCACUCGUCUCUGUUGUAUAAAUAUUUAACCAUUUAAUUGAACUUCACUUUACAUAGACAUUCUGUAACUUCCCUUUUAUUACUAAUAAAAGUCCAGUUUAAGAAUAAUUUCCAGUUACACGUUGUGUUUCUUUCUUUACAAUAGCACCAGGAUUUAACCUUAGCCUCCCAUUCAAUUUUGAGGUGUUAAAUCUACAUUUUGUUACUUUAUUGAUGCCUGUCUUUUACUGGCAAACUUUCAAAGUAAAGGCGUACAGCAGAAACUGCAAAGGAAAAUAGGCGCUUUCCAUCACUUUGUUUAGGCUACUGGUGUAAAACUAAUAUCAUUACCAAGCACAGCCUAGACCAAGUCAUUAUGCCCCUAUGAGUAAAGAGUUGAGCCUUAAAUUAACGAGUCGUUUCGAGUGGUCUUCCUCCUGUGGUAAAUUUAUUCUGAAGUCUUUUUGUUAUUAAGACAAUAUCAUUUUAUAGAAUCCACCAUC